UUCAUUUGGAUCAUGCGUGUUUUGAUUGUGCCGUGGUGGCUACUGUUUUUAGCAUUAUAAAUUGUUUGUCAAUAAUCGCAAAUACAUGAAAGUCAUACUACCUGAUAAUCACUAUCUAUAUGUCACAUUAAGCAUAACAGUUGCGCUUGACUUUAACCUGCGAUCGACGUUAACACGGCACUUUAGGAGGCUAGUAAAACAAGGGAAAGUUCACACUUGGAUGGAAGGUGACGACCAACAGAAUGAAGCAGCUUUCUGCAGAGACAGUCCGCUUGUUGACAAGUUCCCAAGUCGUGACAUCUGUUGUGAGUGUCGUCAAGGAAUUGAUUGAAAACUCACUGGACGCAGGCUCUUCAAGCAUCGACGUUAAACUGGAAAAUUAUGGACUGGAUCGCAUUGAGGUGAGGGACAAUGGCUCGGGCAUUAAAGCUGAGGACACCGAGGUGAUGGGAGUGAAACACUACACCUCAAAGAUCUCCAGCCAUGAUGACCUUAUGCAGCUGGAGACAUACGGCUUCAGAGGAGAGGCGCUGGGGUCUAUAUGUGCUGUGGCAGAGGUUAUUGUCACCACCAAGACAGCCGCGGAUGACUUCAGCACGCAGUAUACACUGAAUCCCACGGGCCACGUUGUUUCCCAAAAGCCCUCCCAUCUUGGCCAAGGGACAACUGUGUGUGCUCUGAAGCUAUUUAAGAACCUUCCUGUGAGGAGGCAGUUCUACUCCAACACAAAGAAAUGCAAAGAGGAGCUCAAGAAAAUCCAGGAUCUUCUCAUGGCAUACGCCGUGGUCAAGCCUGUGCUGAGAAUCACCUUCACACACAACAAGGUCGUGGUUUGGCAGAAGUCCAGGGUGUCGGAUGGCAGAGCAGCCCUGAUGGCCGUGAUCGGAGCUGCAGCCUCGGCCAACAUGCUCCCGCUCCAUCACCAGCACCAGGAUCAUCCAGAGAUAUCAAUUGAAGGCUUUUUCCCAAAGCCUAACAUGGACAACGCUGCAACAAGCUCCAGCAAUCCAGACAGAACAUUUAUCUUUGUGAACAGCCGACCAGUUCACCAUAAAGACAUUAUGAAGUUGGUUAGGCAGUUCUGUUGCGGAGACACGUCUUCCCGUCGCUACCCGACGCUGAUGAUGAACAUCACUGUCCCAGCCGCCACGGUGGAUGUCAAUCUCACUCCUGACAAAACUCAAGUUCUGCUUCAGAACAAGGAAGCAGUGUUGGCGUCUGUGGAGUCUCUGUUGGUUGACCUCUAUGGACCCUUGGCGAAAACAGACGACUGUGUCAGCCACGACGCGAACGUAGAUCCUCUCCCCUCUGACGCCAUAGAGACAGGCCCGGUAAAUGGAAGAACUAAAAGCAACGCCGUGAAUAUCGUCAGCAGCAGUCACAGAGCUGCCUUGCCUCAAGCUCCGCUAGACAGCUCUGACGUGCAUUCGUUCGGAGCUAUCGAGCAGACUCCUGCGAGGGCAAGUGACCCGGCCAAUAACACGUCCCUAAACCAAACCAGCUCUUCGUCUUCGUCAGAAGACUGGAUUAUCAAUAAGAGCUCGUUUGACAUGAGCCAUGUGGACAGCUCCCUGGUAGAUGAUGACUUUUUAAGCACUAGUCACGAUAACAAGGAAGCACCUGAGCGGCGUGUCGCUGCUGCUGACCUGUCCUCAGUCACACCCAAAACAGACGGCAGCAUCUCCGCCGAGAGCUGGAGCGCGGGCCAAGCCCUGAUGGAUCCCGUCGGCGGAGGUCUGUUGGAACCGGUGAAGCUACAUGUCCUGUCGGAGCGACCGCAGCAGCAGCAGCAGCAGGAAGUGGGAGAGGAGGAGGUCGUGGAGCGAUGCCGGGGGAGCAGCCCGUUGUCCAAGAAGCCGUCAAACAUCAUCGUGGCGCGAAUGCCCAAGCUGAUGGCCUUCGAGCUGAUCGGCUCGCGUGCCGUGAGUCAGCCGGCGUCCGCCCGCGCCCUCUUCGAGCGAGACAGCAGAGCAUCCAUCCUGCUGGAGGACCCUGGAGCCAGUCUGCAGGAUGUCACCACUGCUGUUAAAGAGCGAUGGGAAAGCCUUGGGGAGGAAGACAGAAAGAAGUACGAGGACAAAGCCAAGAAGGCCCUUAACAGCUGCAACCUGCGUCGGAGUCGUGCCGAGCAGCAGCAGCAGCAGCAGCAGGGACAGUCCCCGGCCAGGGACGGUCACGGCUCUGCCAACAAGGCCCAGGGCCUGAAACGCAAGGCCCCGCUUUCCAACCAGCAGCUCCUCGACAAGCUCUUCUCCUCGCAGGCGGCGAAGAAGAGUAGUGCCCCGUGUGCCGCAGGAGGAGCAGCAGCCGCGGCCGCAAGGGUCUCCAGGCCCCUCCCGUUCUGCCUGGCUGCCCUAAGGCGGCGGCUUAACCUCCUGCCGUCCCCCCAGAGUGGCGCUGCCCCGCGGGGCCUCAGCCUUGUAAACCGCUUGGCUUCGCACAGCGCCUGGGUCGUUUUAUGUGGCAGGGAGCUGACGUUGUUAAAUCCAUUUCGGGUGGAGGAGGCCUUGCUGUUUAAAAGACUUCUGGAGAAUAAUAUACUUCCAGCGGCGUGCCUGCAGACCCCUAUACAGUUAACAGAUGGUUUGCUUGGUGGGUCUGAGUACAUGGAUGUCCUGCUCAGCAUGAGAAAAGGAAACCCUGAGCCAUGCGGCGCCGCCUACUUCUCUGAUCCCAGGCUGGUGGCAAACGGCUUUCAGAUCCGAGUCUAUCCAGGCUCGACGUCGUCCGCUGAGAGGCACGUGGAGGUGACAGGCAUGUCCGACUGCAUGCCGUUCUACGGCAUCACUGACCUGAAGGAAAUUUUAACAGCCGUCAAGGAGCGGGGCGCUCAGAGUGUGAGGCAGUGUAGACCUCUGAAAGCCACGCGCUACCUCGAGGGAGAAGCGGUGCGAAUGGUCAGGCAGCUGCCCAUAAACCCAUCAAGAGAUGAUGUACAGGACACUCUGGGUCGGAUGCGGGAGCAACUCGGGGAGGAGAGCCAAACUUGCAUUCACGGCCUGCCGUUUUUCCACUUCUUGACCAAAGUCCCUCAGUCGGACGAGGAAGCUGUCAAGGCCUUGUCCCAAUAAACAAUAACAACUUUAUUUUUUGAAGAAGAGAAUAUGAAAUGCGGCAUUUGAGUUUGGCCGUUUCAUUUUGUUGCAGUGUACGUUUGGUUUCAACCAGCUCCUGUCAUCACAGGUGUUAUAUGUGUAUUAUUAAAUAAAUAUAACAUUCUGUGUUUAAAUACA